AAGCUAUGUCACGUCUGGCAUCAGACAGUAGUUGUUGAGUGCGCUUACUAUUGUAGUAGUGGUUCUCGUCAGCAGCAUGUCGGAUAGGUCACGCGUCAACAUUUCAGGACCGUUAAAGAAGCCUGCUGAAAGAGGUCAUUCAGCGUAAGUUUAUGACUGCUGACAAUAACUCGUAAUAGUUCGUCUGGUUCUGCAUGGAGUUCCAAUGCACCUUGUGAACGGGGUGAUAUUCCGUCGUCUUCGGAGGGCGAAAUUGCCUCGGAAGCUGCUCGCCAGAAAAAGAGCCAUCCAGUUCCAGAAGCUAUAUUUGACAUGUCUACGGGGAUUUCGAAGUAAGUUGACGUCAAAUAAACUCUAGCAGUAUUUGUCUUCAUUGCUUUUUUCGGUAACGCUCCCGAAUUGACUAUUUUUCAGACUAAACAUGCAGAAGAUACUCAGAAUGCCGAAUAGACCAGAUCAAGGAGGUACAAUUGGCAGGAAAGUCAAAGUCACUUCAAACUGUUGGGAUUUUUCUUUUCACCACAAAACGGUAUAUCUUUAUUUUGUGGAAGCGAACUCAGUUCACCGAUUGGAAGCUAGGGAGGGCAGUAAAACUGAGAUAAGAAUGCCACCUAAGGAGUUGAGAUCUUUAAUUCAGCAGGUAGCUGACUCUUUACCAGAUACGAUUAUAUAUGAUGGCGGUCAUGCCAUAUACUCUGAAGAUCCGUUACCUGGUGUCACAACGGACCCCGUAGAAAGAGAGAUUGAGAUCAAAGAGCCGUUUGGACGGGACCGCCUUCUUCUCAAGUACCGGAUUAUGGAAGUGCAGAAGGUAUCUACUUCCGACAUCAGUCAUUUCAUAACGAGUCCGAAAGCGACCUCAAUGAAUAUGCCUCAAGAUUGUAUCAGAUUAUUAGAUUGCAUCUUGAAAACAGUGUCAAAGCAGUCGUUUGUAUCCCUUGGACGCGCAGCCCUAUUUCAGGGGACACCAACUAAAGUGGUUGUGGAUAAGCUUCUCACUAUUCAUAAAGGUUUUAUAAGUACUGUGAGACCCCAGUGGAAGAUUCGUGUGAACUUGGACAUGACGUGCAAAGCCUACUUUGUAUCUGGGAAUCUAGCGGACGUCAUGUACUCGAAGUAUGGAGACGAUAUGGCCAGAUGUAGCACUCAAAUGGCGUACGACUUGAGAAAGAUACGAGUUGAGACUGAUAAAUUCUACAGGAGCGAUGAUGGACGUGCAUAUUCCCGACGCUUCACCGUGCACGGGAUAUCAUCACUACCAGCUGAUCGUUUGAUGAUUGAGGGGUUGAAUCAGUCCGUGGCUGCAUAUUUCAAGGAGCACCAUCAUAUCACUCUGAAGUAUCCAGAGCUGCCAUGUGUGAAGGUUGAUCAAAAGCGUGAAGUGUAUGUGCCGAUGGAACUGUUAAACAUUUUGCCAUAUCAAGCUCCUAAUGCGAGUAAAGCCGAUGUUGCGAGUGAAGUUAUCCGUUGUGCAGCAAUUCGACCACAUGAACGCUUCAGAGAGCUGGAAAAUUUUGCCAAUAAUAUGCUGCAGUCCCAUCCACUGAUUAAACAAUUUGGUUUAGCGAUUCAACCGAGGCCAGUGGAAGUUAACGCACGUGUUCUCCAACCUCCAACUGCUGGUUUUGGUCGUUCCGGUGUGCGACAACUGACGCCAGGUAGUUGGAUCACACCUGGCUUUCUUCGCCCUGCCGGCGAAGGAGUAGAAUUAAUGUGGGCUGUACUUAGCAUUCCGCCUAAUCAGCGGUCUCAUGGUCAUGUACAGAAGGUGAUAUCGGAAUUGCCUAGAGCGGCCAGUCGCUUUGGUGUUCGGUUUAGCCCUCGACCGAUUGUGGCACAGUGUCCGAGAGGAGAACUUAACAGGAGGUUCGAGGAGUUUUCCAGACAAGGAUGUUGCUUCUUACUUCUCAUCCUGUACGAUGAACAGUCCUACUCAUCCAUUAAACGUCUGAGUGACCUACAAAUGGGCAUUCGGACCCAAUGUGUACGAAGUCGUACUCUGGACAAACCGAACGUUUUCCCUAACCUGUUGCUCAAACUGAAUGGGAAACUCGGUGGUGUGAACUGGCAAAUUCCUGAUUUGAUUAAGGACAGUCAGGAGUUGGUUAUGGUUUUCGGAGCCGACGUCACUCAUCCGGCGCCUACACAAACUCAUGAAAUUCGGAAGUCAGUAGCUGCUGUUAUUGGUAGCAUUUCACCCGAUCUGAUGAGAUAUGGGGUAGUUAUCCGUCAACAGGCAACCACAGAAAAAGGCAAUAAGUCAGCCAGAGAAAUAAUCGAUAAUAUGCGUCUCAUUGUCAGUGAGCUACUCCAGCUUUACCUGCGAAACACGAACGGGCGUUUUCCAACGCGCAUGAUAUUCUAUCGUGAUGGAGUUUCGGAGGGCCAGUUCGAAAAUGUGUUGGUGGAGGAGUUGGGUGCAAUUCAAAGAGCCUGCGCAGAUAUUCGUCCUGGUGAAGAGCCUGCUAUCACUUAUAUUGUUGUGCAAAAGCGUCACCAUAUUCGAUUUCGACCAUCUGACCCCAGGUAAGGUAUUCGCUCAUGAUGUUUUCUGUGUACCUACUACACCUUAUUCGUGUCUUAACGGUCUGUUUGAAUGCUUUGCUAGGGCAAGAAACGUGGAGCCAGGAACGGUGAUUGAUACAGAUAUCACACAUCCCAGGGAAUUCGAUUUCUACCUCUGCUCUCAGGAAGGGAUUCAGGUAAAUUGUUUCCUUGUGUUAAUACCAUUACUUUUAGGGUACAUCGAAACCUGCUCACUAUCACGUUUUGUAUGAUGAUAGUAACUGGACAUCGAAUGCUCUGCAGAUGUUCACCUACCACUUAUGCUACGGGUACAUGAGGUGUUCCCGUAGUGUCUCGUA